UGCCUCUGAUAUGCCAACAGGCUAAAGUAAUUAGAGAUUGUACAGAUUUAACAGUUGGACAAUACUUUGGAAAUGAACUGGAUAACUGGUCAAAAGAAAGUUGGCUGUGUGAAAUAGAAAGAAAUCAAGUUAUUGUUUUGACUCCCGAUCUUUUUAAAAUGAUUCUUUUCCAUGGAUUUUUGCCUCUUUCUGUGAUAAAUCUCAUAAUAUUUGAUGAAUGCCACAGAGCAGUUGGGAAUCACCCAUACUGUGAAAUAAUGACGUGCUUUGAUGUUUGCUCUUUUUUAAAUCAGCCUCGGAUUUUAGGUCUUAGUGCCUGUUUGAUAAAUAGGAAGUGUCAGCCUUCAAGAAUAGAGCUUGAAAUAAAGCGCCUUGAAACAGUAUUAAAAGCAUCUGUUGAAACAGCUAGUGAAUUGACUGCUUUAAGUAAAUAUGGUUCUAAACCUAAAGAGUAUUUAGUGGAGUUCAACAGUUGUUUAGAUGAUGAAUCAGUUUUAGUAUCUGUGAUGUCACAUAUUAAAUCUGCAUUAGUAUUUCUAGAUAAUGUAAAUAUUGUAAAUGAUAUUGAUAAUUCUCUUUCUCAUCCAUGCAGACAACCUAGACGAUAUUUAAUAGAAAUAGCUCAUGUCAUUACUGAUCUUGGUCCUUGGUGUGCUCUAAAAGCUACACAACUUUUCAUUGAAGAAAUUAAUAUGACCUUACAGUCUAUAUAUUCAGAAGAUCAUAUACGUUUCCUUAUACUUGCUAGGACAGUGUUAUUGAUUAUUGAAGUGCAGUUUCAAACUAUUUUAAAUGACUGUGAUUUACUUACUCAGCUAAUUAAUAAGGCUCCUCCUAAAUUACAAGAAUUACUUAAAAUUUUAAAAUACUAUAAACCUGUAAGUGUGCCUACCAUAGAAACAUCAUCUAAUGUUACAUCAGAAGAAUCUUCUUUUUCUAACGAGCAAGAAAAGAAAAUAUGUAGUACUCAAAUUAUUAAUUCCAAUAUGCAAAGUGAAGAUCCUCCAACUUCUGUACAAAGUUUAUCGUCUGGAAAGAGUGAAAAUUGUAACAUUACAUGCAAUAAAAUCAGCAAAGAUGAUAUCAAAGAAAAGAGGUUAUCAAAAAAUAAUCUUGCAUCAGAGGAGGGCAAAUCUCUUUGUGGUUUAGUUUUUGUGCAUCAACGUAUUACUGCUUUUUUGUUAAGUGAAUGGUUAUCAGCAGUAAAAGAAAUCCAUCCUGACUUCAGUUUCUUGUCACCAAGUUAUAUUAUUGGACAUGGAAAGAAUAAUAGAGGUUUAAAGACUAUUUUAAUGAGAUUUGAAAAACAGGAGGAAGUAUUACAGAAGUUCAGGACUAGAAUGUAUAAUCUUGUAGUUGCCACCUCAGUGGUUGAAGAAGGCAUGGACAUACCGAAAUGUAAUUUAGUCGUUCGAUUUGAUCCACCGGAAAAUUUUCGAGCUUACAUCCAAUCAAAAGGAAGGGCAAGGGUUAAUGAUUCAGUAUAUAUACUAAUGGUAAAGUCUAGUGAAAAAGGGUCAUUUAUAGAUACACUUUGUGAUUUCAAAGCUGUUGAAGAACUGCUUUUAAUAAAGUGUCAUAAAUCAGAUCAUGGUAUGGAAGAUCCUGUACUGGAGAGUAAUGUUGAUGAGCUGAUUGAGCCAUACAUGCCAGUUAAAGAAGAUGGAUGUGCAAAAGUUACACUUUCAUCUGCAAUAGCUUUAGUUAACAGGUAUUGUGCUAAACUUCCUAGUGACACAUUUACAAGACUAACACCAAAGUGGUAUAUAAAUGAAGACUAUUCUUCUGGCUCUACACCUCAGUUCCAGUGUGUUUUGAAACUGCCAAUCAAUUCCCCAGUGAAAAAAGCUUUAGUUGGUCCUUGGAUGAGAAGCAAACAGCUUGCAAAAAUGGCAGUUGCUCUAAAAAUGUGUGAAGAAUUGCAUAAAGCUGGUGAAUUAGAUGAUAAUCUUUUGCCAACUGGAAAAGAAGCCGUUAAAUCUGAAGAUUUAACAAUUGAAGAUACUGCUGAUGAAGACAUAAAAAAGGAUGAGGAUCCAAGAAAAGGACCUGGGCGGCCUGGUACCACUAAACGAAGGCUUUACUAUUUUAAAAAAGUUGCUGAUGCAUUAAAGAAUAGUAUUCCUGUUGCCAAUUCAGUCAGCUAUUUGUAUGUUUUUGAUAUGAAACUUACUUGUCCCAUACCAGAAGAGCAGAAUACCAGAGGUAGGAAAAUUCAUGAUCCUGCUGAUACAAUCAGAAGAUUUGGUAUUUUAACUAGUAAAGUGAUACCACCAAUUUGUAGUUUUCCAGUAUUUACAAGAUCGGGUGAAGUGACUGUAAGUGUAAAACCUGCAUCUAGCUGUCACAUCUUAAAUGAAGAUGAACUAGAAUGUUUAUCAUUUUUUCAUCAUUAUACAUUUGCUGAUGUACUUAGGCUUGAAAAGUAUCCUAUGAUUUACCGUCCAUCAGAAGCUGAAGCCUCUUUUUAUGUUGUUCCUGUUACAAUAGGUGUUAAUACUGGUGAAUAUAUUAUUGAUUGGCAGUUUGCAAGAUUAAUACAUAAAGAGAAAAAUGGGAAACCUGUUAAAGUAUCUGAAAAAGAUAGGGAAAACUUUAAAUUUGUGGUAGAGGACUAUCAAGAUGCUGUAGUCAUGCCUUGGUAUCGCAAUCUGGACAAACCACAAUUCUUUUAUGUAGCUGAAAUCUGUACAUAUUUAACUCCAAAAAGUGACUUUCCUGACAUGGAAUAUGAUACAUUUGAAGAAUAUUAUAGGAAAAAAUAUAACAUAACUAUAAUGAAUUAUGAGCAGCCUCUUCUAGAUGUUGAUCACACUUCAGCUAGGCUUAAUCUGCUAACACCUAGGUAUGUGAAUCGUAAGGGUGUUACUUUGCCAACUAGUAGUGAACAGACAAAACGAACCAAGCGUGAAAAUUUGCAGCAAAAACAGAUUCUUGUUCCUGAACUCUGUACUGUUCAUCCUUUCCCUGCUUAUUUGUGGAGGAAAGCAGUUUGUUUACCUUGCAUUUUGUAUCGUUUGAAUUCUUUACUCUUGGCUGAACAGUUGCGCUUAAUUGUUGCUAAAAGCAUAUCUAUUGGGAUGAGAGAUCUACCUCAGGACUUUGAGUGGCCUGCUUUAGAUUUUGGUUGGACGCUUGCUGAUAUAUUAAGUUCUCAGAAUGUGCCAAAAGAUGCUAAGCAGUCCAAACAAACCUACCAUUGCAAUAAUUAUGCAGUUACUCAAAAAAUCAAAAAUGGAUAUGUCAGUCCUUUAAAUCCUGUAAAUUUCAUCAAUGAUAACACAUGUAACUUUGAAGCAGAAAAUGUUAAUGGUUCAAUGGAUUUUGAAAUUGAUGUGUUUGAUCCAAGCAAGUUAAAUAUCCCUGAUGAUGAUGCUCUUAUUGAACAAGAACUGAAUGAGAUUAAUUUUAAUAUGGGAGGAUCUUUUUUUGACUCAAGUUGUCCAGUCUCUUUUGGAAGCAAUUUUCCAACUGAUCAAGGUACCUCUUUUCCACUGUGGCAGCCAGUUUCAGAUGCAGAUGGAAAUUCUGUUCAAAAUGAGUCUCGAAUUCGAUAUGGAUCUCCAAGUAAUUUUGAAGAUUCUGGUUGGGACUCUGAAUGGGAUACUGAGGAUGAUGACAUCCCUUUCUUAGCAGUUGAUUUCCAUGGUUUAGGUUACAUAUCUGCUCCAGGUAUUAUAAAUAUGGAAAGUCUUUCAAUGGAUUUAGCCUCAUGCCGAGAUGAUGAUAUGUGGGAUAGCAUGGAGGAAGAUUCUUUUGACAGUGAUGAUGAGAAACUCCCUGCAUUUUCAAAAUCAUUUGAUGCUAUGGAACAAAAUAAUGAUUUGACUUCAAAACUAUUUAAAACCAAUGAAGAAAUUUGUGAAUCUAGUUGGUUAACUUGUCCUAUCAUUAAAGAUGAUGCACCCAGCUCUUUAAUCAGCAAUAUUGUGGAAGAUAUUGAUGAUACAAUAAUAUCUGCAGUAGACCAACUUAAAGAGUCAAAGAAAAAAGAAAUAAGUUUCUUAUACGAAAAGGUAAAUGUUGAGUCAUUUUAUGAGGAAAAAUCUGGCAUUGAUUUAAUGUUCAAAAUUGUUGAAGAAAGUGAAAUACAGAAUAUAAUGCCAUCCUGUUGUGGUAGCGAACCAGAAAUAGAGUGCUUCUCCUCACAUGAGAAAACUGCUUCUUGCAGCAUAGCUUCAGAGCCAACACUGGCAUUUGGAGAAUUACUACCAAACAGAGAACAUCAUCAGUUGUAUGAUGAUAAUAUGCUUCGUGUUAAUUUCGAUGAUUGUCCAGAUCUAUAUAAACAUCCUGGACCUAGUCCUAGUAUUAUACUUCAAGCACUCACUAUGUCAAAUGCAAAUGAUGGCAUCAAUUUAGAGCGCUUAGAAACUGUUGGAGAUUCAUUCCUUAAAUAUGCAAUAACAGUUUAUCUUUUUUGUAUGUAUCCCAAUAUCCAUGAGGGCAAAUUGUCUUAUUUGAGAAGUAAACAAAUUAGCAAUUAUAAUCUGUACAAGCUUGGUAAAAGAAAAGGCUUAGGAGAAUUGAUGGUAGCUUCAAAAUUUGAGCCCUAUGACAACUGGCUACCACCAAAUUACAUUGUACCAAAAGGUUUAGAGGAAGCGUUAAUAGAAUCAGGAUUACCUUCUGGUUGUUGGAAUUUAGGGAAUUUAAGUGAUUUAACGCAGAUGAGUGAAGCAGAAAUUCGUCAGUCGAUUAUUGAGAAAACUGAUUCCAAAUACAUUGAAAAAUGUGCUUAUCUACCUAUGGAUACAACAAAUCCUUAUUCUUUGGUACCAUAUAAUUUGCUUACACAACAUAGUAUACCUGAUAAAAGUAUUGCAGAUUGUGUUGAAGCAUUAAUUGGUGCCUAUUUAGUAUCCUGUGGCUCAAGGGGAGCAUUAUUAUUUAUGUCAUGGUUAGGCCUUAGGGUUUUACCUAUAAUUAAAGAUAAUGAAAUGAAUAAUAGUGAAAUUACUUAUGGUUAUUUACAGCCUCCUCCUUCUCCUAUUUUGACAAGAGAACCUGAAUCAAAUCUUAAACUUCAGAAACUGCUUUCAGGCUAUUCUGCUUUUGAGGAAAAAAUUGGUUACAACUUUAAUGAUAAAUCAUGCUUGUUACAAGCAUUUACCCAUGCUUCUUAUUAUUACAAUACAUUAACAGACUGUUACCAGAGGUUAGAAUUUUUAGGAGAUGCAGUUCUUGAUUACCUUAUAACUCGUCAUUUAUAUGAAGAUCCAAAGAAACAUUCUCCAGGAACAUUAACAGAUUUGCGCUCUGCAUUAGUAAACAAUACAUUUUUCGCUUCCCUUGCUGUAAAAUAUGAUUUUCAUAAAUUUUUUAAAGCUAUCUCACCAGGUCUCUUCAAUGUCAUCAACAAGUUUGUUCUGUUGAAAGAGCACAAUUCGGAUCUGGCAGAUUAUCUG